UGUCAUUCAUAAUCCUCUAAAAUCGCUGGGUGACCAGUUUUAUAAGGAGGCCAUCGAACACUGUCGCAGCUAUAAUGCCCGUCUAUGUGCUGAACGCAGCGUGCGCAUGCCCUUCCUGGACUCUCAGACAGGUGUGGCUCAGAACAACUGCUACAUCUGGAUGGAGCAGCGUCACCGCCAGCCAGGCCAGGCUGCAGGACAGAUGUACACCUACCCAGCUCGUUGUUGGAGAAAAAAGAGGCGGCUCCAUCCUCCCCUGGAUCCCCAGCUCCGCCUGUGUGAGCUGCGAUUAGAAGCGGAGUUAGCCCCCAAGCGAGAAGGGGGCCCUGGGGAGGCCACAGCUUUGGAGGCCCUGCUGAGGGGGGAUAACCUGCUGGAGAAAAAGAGUGGCCUCACUAAAGAGGAGGAGACCCUGCUGGAAAUACAGAGAGUCCUGGAGGCAGAGGAGAAUGGGGACGGUUUCCACGAUGAUGAAGACUUUGAGGUUGACACCCCGAAGAGGAAAAACAGGAACAGAGGGAAAGGCAGAGGAUCAGGUCGCAGGAAGACAGAAGCUGUUACCAACGAUGACCAGGACAAGCCUUACGUCUGUGACAAUAGAUACAAACAAAAGCAUAACUCAAAAAGGGCUGAAGAAGUCUGUGGAAAACGCUACAAGAACCGGCCCGGGCUGAGCUACCACUACACCCACACCCACCUGGCAGAGGAGGAGGGCGAGGAGGAGAAGGAGAUGGAGAUGGCUCCGUCCCCUCCACCACGAUCUGAAAACCAUAAACCUCAAAAGGGCCCAGAUGGUGCCAUCAUCCCCAAUGACUACUGUGACUUCUGCCUGGGGGACCAGGACUCGAACAGGAAGACAGGCCAGGCCGAGGAGCUGGUCUCUUGCUCUGACUGUGGACGCUCCGGUCAUCCCACUUGUCUGCAGUUCACAGAGAACAUGAUGCAGGCGGUCAGGACGUACCAGUGGCAGUGCAUUGAGUGCAAGUCCUGCAGCCUCUGUGGCACCUCUGAGAAUGACGACCAACUCCUGUUCUGUGAUGACUGUGACAGAGGCUACCACAUGUACUGCCUGAAGCCCCCCAUGACCCAACCCCCCGAGGGAAGCUGGAGUUGUCACCUGUGUCUGGACCUGUUAAAAGACAAGGCCUCUGCCUAUGGAGACCCAUAAGGCCAUAGACAACAUAACCUCUCAGUACACAUCUAC